UUGCGAGGUGUGCCAGCACUGUCAUGAACCCGUAAGCCGACACGAUAGCAUUAUCCGCGAGGGUUACAACUACCACGACAAGUGUCAUAAAUGCUACGUGUGUAGUGAGACUAAUCUGCUAGGUGCGGAAGUUUUCAAAGGAGUGAUAUUCUGUAACAGCUGUUCCAAGCGCAUAUUUCAAGGUUGCUCCACUGUCCGACAGUCCAAGAACCAACAGCGGCCCGAUAAAACCCGACACAGGUCCUAUCUAAGGCCUCAUAAAAUAAGAAAUCACUAUAAGCUUCGUGAUGGCUAUAAAUAUCUCGAUAAAAGAUCAGACCGGCCAAAUUCUAAAGACAAAGCAGUGUUGGAAUAUGUAAAGUGUGAAACAUCUACGAACUCACAACUCAAAAGGAAUGCCAGCAAAGGAGUAAAUGUUCCAUCACCAAACAUAAGCACGUUAGAAGUAAAACACUAUAUUAAAGAAGGAGAACUUGAUAGAGUAGGAGAUACAAAGACCUUAAAGAAAAAAUCUACACAGAAAAUCGUACAUGAAAUAAAAAAAAUAAGUGUCGAAAUGGGUGUAAUAACAGACGUGACACAACAACUCUUAAAACAAAUCAAUUGCCAAUAUGCGGAUUGGACAAGUAGCAAAUACGACCCACCUGCAAAACAUCACAAAAAGAGAGGUGACGAAAAAAGAAAUAGAACAAAGAACAUGUGCAGUGACCUAAGAAUUGCAGAACUGGGAAUGUCAACAGAAUUAGCCAACAUGGCGCUUCGAAAACCAUCUACAACACGUUUUACCACUGGAUCCCAUUUUAAAGGGUCCAGAACAAAACCAAUGGACUCUCGUCGAUUAUCUGGUCUAUCCGUUCUGUCAUCAUCGGCUGACAACCUCGAAGGUUGGAUCGAAUCCUCCUACAAUGAAAGACGUCUUAACUGUAGAAGAAACACAUUGGGAGAACUUUUGAGAAAUAUACUGAGGAUCCCUCUUGCAUACUUCAAGAAUCAGAUCAUAGCUAAAAGUUCUCUCAUUAGUGUCCUGAUGAGUACGAAUGAAGACAGCUAUAAUACUUUAUUCCAAAAAAUAAAAAUAUUGUUUGGCGAGGAAGCAAAGCGCAACGUACCCCAUCGUGCUGUAAAAAGGCUUUAUUCAACAAUAAAUCGACGAAAAAUACCAUACAAGCUUGGCUGGCUGACGAUGACAAAUGCCAGAUCUUGUCACCCAAGAAAUUCGUCAUCUUUGAAACACCAUAGAUGCCACUUUUACAGGUGCAAGCAUUACAGACGUUCACACAGCUAUCGGUGCUUGAGAUCUGCUGUAAUGCGUCACGCCGGGCCUACUAAAAGUCAAUUAGCAUUAUUUCGUACGAAAGUAUAUAACAUACUGGCCCCUCCAUUUCUCAGAAAUCUACUUAUUACGGCACCUGCAAUAACGUCAACCAAAGCAUGUGGCAACAGCACAAUCGCCGAGGAAAGAUUUGCAAUUGCCUCUCACGACACCACGUUCACUGACAAAACUCCAAAAACCACAACUACUAUUACUUCUAAGAAACUGAGUAGCAAUUCUUAGAGACAUUUUGUGCAUAUACAGAGUAAUUUUUAAAAUACAAACAACCUCGCAUGACUAAGUUUUUUUGUCCUUUUUUAGAUCUAUAUUUGGCAGAAUAAAGGACUACUCACAUUUGACCAUGCCGGGCGCGAGCCGAGUUACGUACAAGGCUCGGAUUGGAAAUGCUGCUUACGUUUUAUAUGAAGUGACAUGGACGAGUGACGCCCGAGCCUCGGAUGCGGAUCGACCCGCCUCGGCUCGUAAUGUCAACACUCUGUGACUCUUUCUAAUUUAAGACCGUGCGUAUGUACAUACGUGACUCGGAUCUCGGACACGGCUCGCGCCCAGCACGGUCUAAUGUGAAUGAACCUUAAGUUCAAACGUGCUAGCGUCCUCCGCGACGACUUCCACGUGCGUCCUGCAUGGUGUUAUUACCGUUUAGAGCGAUCUAUUGAAAUCUAUUCAAUCUAUUCAAUUUUGUAUGAAAAUAAAACCUCAUGAACUAUUAAAGUCAUGGAACAAAAGUUGUUGUUUAAGAUGUUAGUGAUACAGUCCUGCAAGUUUGUUAGUAUUAUAAAAAUUAUCCUGUAUACAACCAAUUCGGAGAUAGGGCGCGUGUCCAUUAUGUCGUGACGACAGAUAGUCGUACAGUUUAGUGUGUCUUGGUACAAGCCAAAUAUUUCAAUAAAAUUGUUCACAUAUAACACAACACGAUUAACUGUCGUUCAUGAGUUUUUUGACGUUACCACGACAGACUGUCGUGACAAUGAGAAAAACUAGAACGACUGUCGUCCAACUGUAAAUAGAACGUUACGACAUAAUACGAACGCUUUAUUUUUUCUGUACAAUACGAUAACGACCUUCCAACAAUAUGUU